UUUAAUAUAUUAUACAUAAGAGCUACAACGAGAAAUAAAAAGACUAUAAAGCACUGGAAACCUUACUAUUUAAGUGGCCAUUAUUGCUUCCUCUCUCACACACAGAUAUCCUAACAUUCAUCAAUGGCUUCCAUACAAAAUGUAUCUCCAUUUCCAUUAUUCUUCUUGAUCAUCAUGAUGUCAACGACAUUGUUGCUACUAAUUUUCAACUCUGAAGGCAGAGAAUUUUUGGUUGGAGGCAGUGAAGAUUCUUGGAAGGUUCCACUUCCAUCACCAGAUUUUCUCAACCGGUGGGCUGGCACCCACCGCUUCAAAAUCGGUGAUGCCCUCAUAUUCAAAUACGACAACAUGACAGAAUCGGUGCAAAUGGUGCCUGAGGAGGACUAUGAAAGUUGUGAGAGGGUUGGAGAUGAUCACCAGAGAUUCAACGAUGGGAAUACCAAAGUGAUUUUGAGGAGUUCAGGUCCAAUUCACUUCAUAAGUGGACAAGAAUCUCAUUGCCACAUGGGUUUGAAGCUUGCAGUGGUUGUUAUGUCUGCCAUUCACCACCACCAACCAACUUCUCCUAAUCAUUCACUGCCCCUGCCUCCCUCGCCCUCGCCGGCGGCGCCACUGUCAAGUAAUCAAGGUGCUCUUGCUCGCACUCCACCUGCCGGAUUCAUCAUGGGUUUCGAAGUUUCAUUGGUCAUGCUGUUCUUCAUCGUUAUUUGAGCUAUUAUUGUGUUAUCUUUUUUUUUUUUUUCGGUUGUUCACGAUAUCCUACGGCGUGA